GUGUGAAGCCAGUUGGAGUGACAGCUUUCACCACACGGCUGACUGACUAGCAGACGAGAAUGCGAUAAAGCUGUUAUCUGUCAUAAAUGUAUAUAUGUGAAGAUUAAUUGCAAGUGUGAAGAAGUGCUGCCACAUAUUAACCAGUGUGACAUUCCAUAGUGUGGUAGCAGAGAAUGGUGUCUGUGUGAUCAUAACAGUGAGCCCUUGGCCAGAGUGUAGCCGAGCCCUCGCCCUUCUUGCGUCACCAGUGAUGCCUUGUCAGGUGAGCAGAGGACGUGGCAGCCACCACACAGACGCCCUGCUGCCGUGCGGGACUGUGUCAUCUUGAAGGCGUUGUCAUCAAAGAUAACACAUUGAGUGAUAUGAACACCAUUGGCCUCACCAUCCUGGUACGAAUGGGUAACUGUCUCUGUGCCAGAGAAACCAUCGAGAUCAAUGGAAACAAAUAUUACAUAAGGGACUCUAUUGGGGAAGGAGGGUUCAGCACAGUGGUGUUGGUGGAGAGUGCUACUAGUCACAAACUUUAUGCCCUUAAGCGCAUCACUUGCCAUGCUCAGACAGAUGAAAAGGUUGCAUUGUCUGAGGUGGAGUUUCACAAAGCAUUAUGCCAUCCCAACAUUGUGGAGUGCAUUGACUCGGAUCUAGUGGGAGUGCCUGACCUGGUUGGCAACAAGACUUCCCAAGUUCUCAUCCUUCUCCCUUACUUUCCGCGAGGAACUUUGCAUGAUGAGCUAAUACGAAGGCAGGAGACCAACACUCCCUUGGAGGAGACAACAGUUCUCACCACCUUCCGAGGGAUUUGUGAGGCGACCCUGUGUAUGCAUUCAGCCAAGCCCCACCCCCUGGCUCACCGGGACAUUAAGACAGCCAAUGUUCUCCUGAAAGAGGAUUUCACUCCUGUCCUCAUGGAUCUUGGGUCCACUGCCAGAGCCCGAGUGGAAGUGAAUGGCAGUUCUGAUGCUCGCAAGCUUCAAGACGAGGCUGCAGAAAAGAGUUCGAUGGCCUACAGGGCUCCUGAGCUUUUCAAUGUUGAAGCAUUUUGUCACAUUGAUGAACGAACAGAUGUUUGGUCACUAGGAUGCUUACUGUAUGCACUGUGCUUCUACAAGUCUCCCUUCGAAGCAGUGUAUGAGCGAGGGGACAGUGUGGCUUUAGCUGUUGUCAGUGGUAACAUCAAGGUGCCAGACAGCCAUCCAUAUUCAAAGGAUGUUAUAGAAUUGAUAGAAAGCCUUCUUAAAGUGAAUCCUGAGGAGCGGCCAUAUGUGGACUGGAUAGUGAACUCUGUGGACCAGCUCAUCAACAAGUCAGCAGGAGCAGUCUAGUCUCCACAGCUCAAUGAGUAUUGUACAAGAGAAAUGCAUCACUUCCUUCUUUCACAUUAGUUUUUGCUACUACUAGUUGUAUCUGAGACACUGAACAACAACUUAUACUAUAUAUGAUCUUUAUUUUAUACCUGAGUACAUCUUGAUUCCAGAAUAGAAUGAUAACCUGGGGCCACAUUCACACACCGGAAAAGUUAAAAUAGCAAUGUUUAGUAAUGUGUAUUUGAAUAUAGAUAUUUAAGGAUUUAUGCACCAAUGAACAUUUUCCUAACAUGUAGAAAUAUUUAUGCAUGAAGUAUAUUUUCAAUUUUUAUGUUUAGAGCAUUUAGGAAUUCUCACCAUCAACAUUGCUGUUCUGAAACAUAAAGAUGCUUUAUCUAGUGUUGAAAAAAGUUAUUAAAAGCUCCUUUGAAGUGUGAUGGAGGCUCUGUGGUUGUGAAUGCAGACUUUUGAAAGUCUUUCUGAUGAGAGGGAAAGUGGAGGUAAUGCACCAUUGCAGAUUGCAGCAUUCACACGAAGCACUUGAUGAUGGAGGCAUUUUAAGAUAAUUAAGUAGUUGCUGCAGUUAGAGAGAGAUACAGACAAAGCACAGAUACAGACAGAGCACUGGAAAAUAGAAAGAAGCUUGAGCUAUACAGAGCUACUGAGUGAAAAAGUAAAAUAAGGUGCAAAACAGUUCAUCAUACCAAAGAAAAUUUUCAUGGUUUCUCAUCUUUGGUCUCUAAUGCAUGACAGGAUCCCCCAGUUACACACACACACACACACACACACACACACACACACACACACACACACACACACACACACACACACACACACACACACACACACACACACACACAUUUAUUGUUAUGAGCCUUUUAGUAAUUAAAUUUAUAUAUAUAUAUAUAUAUAUAUAUAUAUAUAUAUAUAUAUAUAUAUAUAUAUAUAUAUAUAUAUAUAUAUAUAUAUAUAUAUAUAUAUAUAUAUAUAUAUAUACACACACACACACACACACACACACACACACACACACACACACACACACACACACACACACACACACACACACACACACACACACACACACACACACACACACACACACACACACACACACACACAUACAUUCUUUAUUCCUUCCUGUCUCUGGCCCAUUUACUUGUAGGCCAAAGUAUUGGGUAGUGGUGGUUGACCUUAGCCUAUGAUAAUGCUGGUAUACUGUAUAUGUUUAUGUAUAUUGGUAUAUGCCUCCUGAAGGGCUGUCACCCAUGGUGCUCCAUUGGACCAAAGCUAAAAUCAGAAUUGAGGUGUCUUGGUUAGCAUGUAGGUGAUUGUAGACCACUCAUUGACACAGAUCAGAUACCUGUCAGUAGGAUUUGAAUAUGAGGUCUUGCAUUCAUCAAACCCUUAUAUUGCUCUCCUAUUUUAUUAAAUAAUUAAUUAGUUCAUAAUUCUUGUUGUGAACAUUAAUCCUGUCAUAUAAUUUAUGAAAACUUGUUUAUCACAUUCCUUGAAUCUGUUGUGUAGUUCACUGUGUCACUUUGGUUGCUGCCUCUAUCAUUGUUCUGUCAUACAACAGCAAUCCAGUGGAUGAAAUUGCUUUUAUGUAUAUCAGAAAAAUAAUGUGAUUUCUUUAUGAUUACUGAACUGAAUCAUAUUUUCCUGUGUAUGGUUUUCAUGGUUUUGAUGUCUCUUUAUUUCAUUUAAAAGUUGUAAUAAUUCUUUCAGGAUAACAAACCCAGAGACUGUGUGGUCAUGGUGGUCACAAUCACCAUAUCCUUUCCUGACCAUCCUAUGAUCAAAGGCCUGAGUGUUCAUUUAAUUUUCUUAUUUAGUUCUGUCACUAACUUUGUUCAGUGCAAGAAGAAUAUUUAGGGACAUUAUGUUCAUAAAUUAUAAUUAAAUAUUCCGUGAGUUUCACAUGCUUUAGUACAUAUUAAAUCCUGUUAAGUAUUUACAUUUAUGUAUGUACUUUGUUGCAGUUUAUAGGUUGUUUAUGUCAAUAGUUUAUUGUAAUUGAAUAUAUUGUACAUCAUAUAUACUAUUAAUUAUUACUAUUAAUAUCAGUACCAUAUACAGUACUAAUAAGGAUAGAACUCUUUUGUCACAUUUUGUAUUUUGUUGUGACUCAGUGAACUGUAAGCUGUGGCUGCUUAUUUAUUCAUGAGGGAAACUGAUAAUGGUUAGUGAACAAUGCUGGAUGAGGCAAUUCCGAUAGUAUAUGAAUUUGAGUAUACAAUAUGCAUUCAUUGAAUUAUCUUCCUACAUUGUCAAAUAAAUUAUUAUUGGAGCGUAAUGGAACACAGUACAAUCUACCUCUCUGUCUGUGGAUUAGAUAUGAUGGAUGUUUCUGGGAGCUCCCUCAAGGGAUGGCUGUGACAGAAAAGCAUUCAGAUUUCCACUCCUCGCACUCUCUAGUUUUCUCACUCUUCCAUCCUUCUCUUUGUCCUGUAAUCUGAACAGUUCUGCUCUGCUUUUUUUUAAUGCAAGUCAUUCUAUUGCAAUGCAAUACUCUCUCUCUCUCUCUCUCCUCUCUCUCUCUCUCUCUCUCUCUCUCUCUCUCUCUCUCUCUCUCUCUCUCUCUCUCUCUCUCUCUCUCUCUCUCUCUCUCUCUCUCUCUCUCUCUCUCUCUCUCUCUCUCUCUCUCUCUCUCUCCUCUCUCUCUCUCUUUUUUUUAUUAUCCCUAUCAGAUCAUCUCAGGGGUGCUGCAUUUUAUCACCAACUGCUCCUCUCUUCAUUCCUUCUCCUUUACCAAACAUAUCAACUUUUCAUGCCCACUUUGUUAUUCUUGCCUUCCUUUUUUUUGGUCCACAGCAUUGGCACCUCCCAGACAACUCUUGAGCACUGUUGUAUCACAUAUUUGUAACUAAAACUGAGCAGAUGUAUCACCAGUUUUAAAAGGUCUGUGAUAUUUCCAUAUGAAUAUUGGAAGAUACUUCUUAAUGCAUGGACAAUACAUAUAGCUGAUCAUCGUGAAAAUAUGCACUUCCUACAUAGCUUUGUAGGAGGAAGUUAAUUAAAGAAUAAAUUUCAUUUUUACCA